GGUGGGUGGGUAGGUGGGGCGAAUGGCCGUCAAAAUAUCAGCACCUCUCCUCCACCUCUUACAGCACUCACAAACGAGCUGGUCAGUUGAGAGAACGAGUUUCUCAGGUUCUUAAAACAUAGUGAAGGAAAAGGCUUUUUUUUUGGCAGUUGCUUCCUGAAUCUGCACAUCCAGACUUGUGUUUUGACAGACCUUUGAGCAUCAUGAAUGGAACAGCAGUGGUACUGAUGAGCGUUUUCCUCAUCCUCUCUGCUGGUGCAGAGGACAAAUCAAGACUCUACCGUAGGCCUUCAUGUGGAGGUUUGAGUGUCAAUCAAGCAUGUCCUCUUAAUUACUCUCCUGUGUGCGGAAACGAUGGCGUCUCAUACGUCAAUGAAUGUGCCCUGUGUGUGCAGAGAAUGCACACCAAUGCUGACAUCUUGAUUGUGAAAGAAGGACACUGCUGAGAUGGAAAAAUCCCUUAUGGCAUCAUCACGUCUUCUUUUCUUUUCUAUGUUCGUUUAAGAGUGUUAUCUAGACCUAUUUUGCACUUAGGAUGUUAUCAGUAUACCUAGUAUAUAGAUGUGUGCAUGUUUUAAGUACUAAAUUGAAUAAUGAUAUGUGUCAGUUUUAUAACAUUUGAGGGGCCUCAUUAUAUACAGUUAUUACAUUUACUGAUUGUUCUCUUCAAUUUAUUUUUCAUUCAAUCAGUUUGUAUUGCAUUGAUACUGCAGUGUCUUGCUGGAGUAUAUUUCAAGUUAUUCAUAUUUUUUUCUUUAGAAACUAGAAAAAGAGAGGUUUUUGAAAUGCAGCUAAUUUUUCUAAAUAUGGUAACAUUGUAUUUUGCAAAAAGAUAGUUUAUACUUAGAUUUUGCUAAUAAAAUGAACCUACUGAGUUUCAUUUAUGUUUCACAUAUUUCUACUGUGUUAAUUUUUUACAAGUUAAGGUGCACAAUGUAAUUUUUUUCCACAUUAUCACUCCUAAAGAAAUGAACUGUUAUUUUGAAACAUGUAUAAAAGCAUGAGCACUCAGAUGAGAUGAGGACUCUAGUCAUAUUAGUAACCUUAUAAAAGCUGCUUUAUUCUACAUGGGGCAGGGGUGCCCUCAUGGGGGCUGCCAAUUUAGAAUCACAUGACCAUAUGAAUACUACUCGCUUAAUCUCAGUAACCGUCUUGUAAUUAAACACUUUCACUCAUUGAUUAAAUUAAUCAUGACUGACUGUGAAGUGAAUUUCUACAAUGGCAUUUGUGCCUGAAAAUAUAUAUUCUGAAUGAUGCAGCAUCCACACCACUUGGUGUCACUGUCCAAAAUGACGCAAACAAAAAGUUACUGAGUGCACCUUUAACGGACCCUUUUCUCAGACUGUGAUAAUGCGUUUCCGCCUUAUUUAGAAGUGUAAAUAACACAUGUAACCUUUUUUAUAUGCCAUUUCAAAAUGGUUGUGUAAAUUUAUAACAUUAUACUUUGUAUUCAUGGUUGGGGAGUAUGGAAUACAUGUAACUGGAUUACAUAUUUAAAAUACAAAACAUUCCACUAGAGUUACAAUUUAAAUAAUUGGUAAUUAGAUUACAGUUACAUUCAAAAAAUAUUUUUUAAAGCUGUUUUCUUAUGUUGUACCCAGUGGUGUGUGAUGUUGAUAAUCAUAAACUUAUGAUUAUAUUCUCUAUUUAUUUAUUUUUCACUUUAGGCCUAUUGUAUGUUACUAUUGUUGUGAGCUCACCGGGGAAAAAUUCCAGACUACUAUGUUGUUUGGCAAUAAAGUAUUGAU